CGAACCGAAUCCGUAAAGAUCUAAACCGAACCAAAAGAAAAUUAUAAAUACUCAAAUGAAGUUUAGAUCUCUAAUUUCAAAAAUCUGAAUAAACUCCAAAAUUAUCUGAAUGGAUACUUGAAUGCCAAUCCUUCUUUUUUCCAUAAAAAUGCAUUUUUUUCUACUUGUCCCUUAAAUUUUAUGUUGGUUUUUCACUUUUUUUUUUGUUGUAAUUUUCAUCUGUAUUGCAAUUUGGGAGUUAGUGGAUUUAGUAGUUUGAAAAUACCUUUUCUGGGGAAAGUUUAAACACACUAAACAUAGAAUAAAUCAAUAAUUAUAAGACACAAUGCAUAUAAGCAUCAUUCAUAUAAACAAAACUUAAAUUUUAUAAAUAAUAUUCCAAAAAUUAUUCAUGGCAUGCGCGAGGCCGGUCAACUAGUGAAUAACUAAACCGAAUACGUCAAUAACCAACGGAGAAAUUAACGGAGUUUGUUUAAAAGACUUAUCUUCAGUCAAAUCUCAAAUUUGUUCGUUUCUCCGACAAACCCCACGAGUGAGAAAGAGAGAGUCAUCGAUGGAGAAGAGCACUACGGAGACAGUCAAGAGCGAGAAAGCGAAACCUGAGAAGGAGCUGUGUGAUGGAGUGAGUCAACUCAGAGACGAAGAAUCAAUUGGGACUAUCGGCGAUGAUAUGGAGGAUGUACAUGACGUGGCGAUACGAGAAAUACUAGCUAACGAUAAAGUUGAAGAUGUUCUAGAAAAUUCACCAGUGGAGCCAAAUGAUCAAGAUGUAAGAGAGGUAAAGGAGACUGAUAGAAGCAAGAAAGAUGUUGUAAGUGUGGUUAUGCCUAUUGUUGAAGUUGCAGUAGAAAACAGUGAAGUGAAGACUGCAUCGUCAGACCCAUCAAUGGUGGAGCCAUCUCUAUCUCCGGCUCCUUCAGCUGCCAAAGUUCAAGAAGGUCUAUUACUGCUAGAGCAGAAAUCUGAUCAUCGGGUGGUCAACAACAUGUCGGUUUCUCCGGUUCUGAGGACAAAUAGCGGCAAGGAAGAUCUUGUAAGUGUGGUUGAUGAAGUUGCAGUAGAAAACUGUGAGGUGGACACACCUCCUGCGCUGACUCCAUCGUCCAACCCAUCAGUCGUGGAUCCUUUGAAUCCUUCAGCUGCCAAAGGUCAAGGUCUAUCACUGCUAGAGCAGAAAUCUGUUAACAACGUGUCGGUUUCUCCGGUUCUGAGGACAAAUAGCGGCAAGGAAGAUCUUGUAAGUGUGGUUGAUGAAGUUGCAGUAGAAAACCGCGAGGUGGAAACAUCUCCUCCUGGUCUGACUAAAUCGUCAGACCCAUCAGUGGUGGAGCCAUCUCUACCUUCGGGUUUGUCACUACUACAGAGAAGUUAUGAUUCUCGGGUGGUCAGGAACUUGUCGGUUUCUCCGGGUCUGAGGACACCGCCACGUGAUGGUUACAAUUGGAGAAAAUAUGGACAGAAGCAGGUUAAGAGUCCCAAGGGAUCAAGGAGCUACUAUAGAUGUACGUAUUCUGAAUGCUGUGCUAAAAAAAUCGAAUGCUCCAACGAUUCAGGAAAAAUGGUACAGAUUGUUACCAAAGGUUUGCAUAGUCACGAACCUCCUCGGAAGAGUAGCUUCUCCCCGAGAGAGAUUAGAGCUGCAUCAGCUGUUACACCUGUUUCAGAGGAUGAUGCAGUAGUAGCAACAGUCCCUAGCGAUUCAACCAAAGAAAACAUCUGUCAGUCGCCAACAAUCGCUGAACGGAAGAGACAUUGUGAGAACGAAGCUGUGGAGGAACCAGAGCCAAAACGGAGACUGAACAAGGAGAACACAGAAAGUUCAGUUUCUGUCUCCAAACCUGGAAAGAAACAUAGACACGUAGUACAUGCAGCUGAUGAUGUUGGGAUCUCUGGGGAUGGAUACAGAUGGCGUAAAUAUGGGCAGAAAAUGGUGAAGGGGAAUCCUAAUCCGAGGAACUACUAUCGAUGUACUUCUACUGGUUGUCCUGUCCGUAAACACAUCGAAACAGCAGUAGAGAACACAAGAGCUGUGGUAAUCACAUACAAAGGAGAGCACAACCAUGACACGCCGGUUCCAAAGAAAGGCCAUGAUACACCUAGCUCAGUGCUCUUAUCCCCAACAUCAAUGAGAACCAGGUUGGAAGAUCAGGUGAACCAGUGCUCGGUGGGACGAGAAAGUGAGAAGCAGAGCAGUGAAGCACUGGAUGUUGUUGGUGGCUAGAGGAAUAGUAGGAUUUGGAUUCGAAAAUAAAGCAAUGCUGAUUGUAUGUGUAUUUAUGAGCUAGAGUUGAUCGACUGACUCCAUUCUCAGUCUCCUUGUUCUUGUUAUAUAAUAAAACAACACAAAACACAUGAAGAUGUCUAUUAGCAUAUCAUCAAGUAUAAUCAGGUGCUGUGUUUAAUAAUAAUUUAAAUGUUGAUUUUCUA